AUGAACGAGCUCAAACAGCAUUUGUUUCUCCAGCGAAUAUUAUUCAUUUUCGAGGUCACCAAGAGAUCAGCUGGAAAAGCACAAGUACUACGAUUGUCACUCCAGCAGUGGAACUCAGAGGUUGAUGUAUUGUGCUUGGCUGGCUUUGUGAUCGAGGAAAUGCAGCGUUUCAGGGAUCCCAACAACUUGGCUGUGUUCACGAAUGAAACACUGGCUAUAGUGAUGAGCCGGGUGAUUGAAGGGGACUUCCAUGAAGAGCUGCGGCCGUUGGUGGAGGGCAUGGACCCAGCUUGGAAGGCAGAUAUGUGCUCAAUGUGGGUUGAGCACCACCCUACUGCCAAAGCCUCCGAGGAAGGCUCCCAACUUGUUGACCAAAAGUUGGACAAGAUGGUGCUUGAAAGCAACAAGCUCCAGUAUGAGGCAGAUGCCCUCUCUUUGGCGUGCGACGCGUCCCAACUGGCUCGCUUGUUUCAAGCCGAUCAAAAUUCUGAACGAGCGGCCAGGAUCGCGAAGAUUUGCCACCUUCGCCAGGAGAACCAGAUUGGAUCCAACCUGGCCGCGCAGUUCAUGGCCAAGCACUGUCAUCACAGAGCUGGACCUGUUGCAGACCUUCAUGAAGAACUCUUCAAGUUCACGACCAAGCUCAAAGCGGACAAUGGAUCUCUGGUCAUGUGGGUUGACUACAUGAAGUUGGGACGCUUAUCGACACAGGACCUGAACAUGACCUGCGACUCCAUCCGGAAGGGGCUCGCCUCUAUGCCUGAGAAAGGAGUGAAGAAGUACAAGGUGGAGCUUCCAAACGCAGUGAGAACCGCACAUAUCAAUGACGCUAUCAAUGGCCCUGCAUGGCGCAAUUUGGUCUUGGACUUCGACAAGAAGCCUUUGGGUUUGUUAAGCCAGUUCUGCACGACUGCUGGGCCAACAGAUCCCACGGAGCAAGCUAUCGCGCCUGUCGAAGAGCCGCCGCCACCAGCUUUCGCCUUGGAGCCAGACAACAUUGAUGCUUUGAUAGAGCAGUAUACGGUUGAGAACAAGAUUCCG